GGGACGGUGAAGGAGCUAAAUAGCACCAAGGACAAGAAGCUUGGCUCAGUGUGAGUGAGCUACCCCGAGGGCCUGACAGACUCUGAGAUGACAAUAGGCAGCAUGGAGAAUGUGGAGGUCUUCACAUCCGAGGGCAAAGGCAGAGGUCUGAAGGCCACAAAGGAAUUCUGGGCUGCAGAUGUCAUCUUUGCUGAGAGGGCUUAUUCUGCAGUGGUUUUUGACAGCCUCAUUAACUUCGUGUGCCACACCUGCUUCAAGAGGCAGGAGAAGCUCCAUCGCUGUGGGCAGUGCAAGUUCGCCCACUACUGCGACCGCACGUGCCAGAAGGAUGCUUGGCUGAACCACAAGAACGAGUGCACUGCCAUCAAGAGAUAUGGGAAGGUGCCCAACGAGAACAUCAGGCUGGCAGCCCGCAUCAUGUGGCGGGUGGAGAGAGAGGGCACCGGGCUCACAGAGGGCUGCCUGGUGUCAGUGGAUGACUUGCAGAACCACGUGGAGCACUUUGGGGAGGAGGAGCAGAAGGAACUCCGAGUAGACGUGGAUACGUUCUUGCAGUACUGGCCACCACAGAGCCAGCAGUUCAGCAUGCAGUAUAUCUCACACAUCUUCGGCGUGAUCAACUGCAAUGGUUUCACUCUCAGUGACCAGAGAGGGCUACAGGCAGUGGGUGUGGGCAUCUUCCCCAACCUGGGCCUGGUGAACCAUGACUGCUGGCCAAACUGCACUGUCAUAUUCAACAAUGGAAAGAUUGAGCUCCGGGCCCUGGGCAAGAUCUCAGAAGGUGAGGAGCUGACGGUGUCUUACAUAGACUUCCUGCACCUCAGCGAAGAGCGCAGGCAGCAGCUGAAGAAGCAGUACUACUUUGACUGCUCCUGUGAGCACUGCCAGAAGGGACUGAAGGAUGACCUCUUCCUGGCAGUGAAGGAAGACCCCAAGCCCUCCCAGGAAGUGGUGAAGGAGAUGAUACAAUUCUCAAAGGAUACUCUGGAAAAAAUAGACAAGGCUCGCUCCGAGGGUUUGUAUCAUGAGGUUGUGAAGCUGUGUCGGGAGUGCCUGGAGAAGCAGGAACCAGUGUUUGCUGACACCAACCUGUAUGUGCUUCGGCUGCUGAGCAUCGUGUCAGAGGUUCUUUCCUACCUUCAGGCCUUUGAGGAGGCCUCACAUUACGCUAGGAGGAUGGUGGAUGGCUACAUGAAACUCUACCACCAUAACAAUGCCCAACUGGGCAUGGCUGUGAUGCGGGCAGGGCUGACCAACUGGCAUGCUGGUCACAUCGAAGUGGGGCAUGGGAUGAUCUGCAAAGCCUAUGCUAUUCUCCUGGUGACCCAUGGACCCUCCCACCCUAUCACCAAAGACUUAGAGGCCAUGAGGAUGCAGACCGAGAUGGAACUGCGCAUGUUCCGCCAAAAUGAAUUCAUGUACCACAAGAUGCGUGAGGCUGCCAUGAACAACCAGCCCAUGCAGGUCAUGGCUGAACCCAGUAAUGAACCAGCCCCAGCUCUGUUCCAUAAGAAGCAGUGAGGACCUUGUUGGAGGGUGGGGGCAUUGUGGCUGGGGAGCU